UAUGUAUGCAUGUGUAUGAGAGAAGUGUUUUUAUUUAACUUUUAUGCGCAUUUGAGAAUCGCAGCCAAAUUGUUUAGUGACACUGUAAAUUUACUAUUAUUUAUGACGCUGUUGCACGUGCGAGCUGUAAGUGAGCCAAAUCGGCGCUAAACAUCCAACUUGGUCAAUUUGCUUGCGUGGAUGCGUUCUGGAUACCAUAAACAAAUAUAGCAACAGCAACAGCAACAAACACUUCUGGCCAUUGGAUAACAAAUCAGUUUGUGGCUACGAUUGUCUUUGAGCAGUUAGCAAUCAACUCGUCAACUCGCGCACAUAGUCAAACGGAGCGAACGCAGUGCCAAUAAAUACGGUAACCAAAAAAGAAAAAACAACAGCAACAAUUCGACAAUACUAUUGUCGAAAGCUGUUGGAGCGGGGGUGGUGGAAGGAGGAGGGUCGACAACAACAAGCAAGAGUAUGAGUAAUAACGUAGAAAGUAACGGCAAUAGACGCACCGUUGAUUGGCAGCGAUUCGGUCUUGGCGGUGACGACGAUGGCGAGAUAACCGUUGCCAAUUUUCGUCAACGCAGCAACAACAACACUGGCGGCUUUGUGGAUCUUGGCAAUGAGUACACGUACGCAGCGGGCGGUCAUCAUGCGUCCGGCGCGAAUGAAAUCUUUGCCGGGGAACAGGGCGACAAACCUUGGUGGCGCUCAAACUUUUUCAUCUCGCAACCGGUGUUAUUUGGCACCUGGGAUGGCGUCUUUACCUCCUGCCUGAUCAAUGUGUUCGGUGUUAUUGUAUUCCUGCGCUCCGGUUGGAUUGUCGCUCAGGCAGGCAUCAUAAAUGCUGUGCUCAUUAUAUUCUGCACCGUGGUCAUUGCUUUGGUUAGUGUACUUUCGGCCAUUGGGAUCUGUGAGCGGUGUCGCGUGGAAAGUGGCGGUGUUUACUUUCUGAUUGCACACACGUUGGGCUCCCGAUUUGGUGGGGCACUCGGUCUGCUGUACUGUUUUGGCCAGGCCGUUGGCUGUGCACUCAAUGUGAUGGGCUUUGGCGAAUCGAUGGCCGGAUUGGUAGGACUCGAGGGCAACAAGUGGGCAAUUCGUGGUUUUGCAACGGCAGCCGUUCUGCUGCUCGGCUGCAUUAAUGUGGCUGGUGUCAAGUGGGUGAUCAAAUUACAGUUUAUACUGCUCAUGAUUCUGCUCAUCUCAGCGCUGGAUUUCAUGGUCGGUAGCUUUAUUGGCGAAGAUCCGGAUAAUGGCUUCGAUGGUUGGAUGAGCGGCAACUUUGUGGAAAACCUUUGGCCAAAAUAUGAAAAUGGUUAUUCAUGGUUUCGUGUCUUUGGCGUAUUCUUUCCAACAGUCACUGGCGUCCUAUCCGGCAUCAAUAUGAGCGGCGAUUUGCGUGCUCCCUCCACGGACAUUCCCAAUGGCACGCUGGCCGCCUUUGGCACAUCCACAUUUCUGUAUAUGGUGUUUGUGCUAUUUUUGGGUGCCACAUGCAAGCGCGUCACGUUAUACACUGACUUUAUGAUCUCCGUGAAGGUUUCGGCCGUUCACUUUUUGCUGCUCGCUGGUAUCUAUGUGUCCAGCAUGUCCUCCUGCCUGGGUGCCAUGUACGGGACGCCGCGUGUCCUGCAAAGCAUUGCCAAGGAGAAUGUCAUCCCCGGCAUUGAUCUGCUCGGCAAGGGUCGCGGCCCAAACAAGGUGCCGCUGUACGCAAUGGCCGUUGUGGCUGUGGUAACCGUCACCUUCAUUAUCGUAGGCGACAUUAACUUUCUGGCGCCCAUUGUGACGAUGCCAUUCCUGAUGACGUACGCUUGUAUAGACUACGCAUAUUUCGCACUAGCGCAAACCUUUGACAUACAGGAGCAGCGCGAGGAACGCUUCCGUAUACAGGCUUCGAGUCCGAGCUAUGAGACUCGUCGCUAUGGCAGCGUAUCGGAUGGUGGGAAUGAUCUAGAUUUGCUCUUUCCGGAUCGGGUGCGCCACAAGAACUUGCAGAGUCCACAGAACUCACCGAUGCAUCAAGCGCAGACAUUGCCACCAGUGCCUAUGGAGAAUAUUGUAGAUUUCAAUGCGCCAGCGUCUAGCACUUCGCCUGCCGCAGUCGAAGGCGUAGCGACGGCGGACAGCACUGACUUGGUCGUCGAUCCAUCAACGGCACAGGCCGGCAGCGAGUUAGGAGAUGAGAAUGAGCCCAUCGCCCCCAUUCGCCCGCCUAUACAUUCCAAGACGAAAAACUGGUACUCGGGCUUCUGCAAUCGCUGGGCUUCGUUGCUGGGCGCGCUCACCAAGCUGCUGGUAAUGCUGCUGGUGAACUGGUAUUAUGCCUUAACCUGUUUUUUGGUCGUAUUUGUCGUGUGGUUCUACGUGGGCACAGCUAAUCCCGCCUUCAAGCCUGGCCUGACCGCCGAGUUCAACUUUUUCGGUUGGCUCAAAAGCGUCAUUUUCCGAUGCUUCGGGAAACGUAUGCACGAGUAUGAGCAGAUUGUGGUGACGCCCUCUUGCCCGGGUGUGGAUCUAUCGCCCACACAAUUGAAUGAACAGAACGAGGACUUUAGACCGCGUCCCAACUAUCAUCACUCUUCGGUAAUUGAGGGUCGUCUCAUAGAUGACAUCUAGACUUUUGGAAUCUGGGUUUUUGGGAGACGUGGCGAGCAAUAUUUUGGGUGCAUUUUGCUAAUAUUAAACAAUAAAUAACUUAAUGUAUAUGUUGAAUUCAACACUAAGGAUAGUUAUGUUUAAUCCAGCACAUGCAUUUAAAAGCGAUCUUCCCACACACACACACAGACACCUGCACACACGCAUACACACUCGCUCAGAAACCGAACCCAGCACACAUUACAGCUUUAGCUAAAUUAAAAUUACUAAUAAUCUAAGUUCAUGAAAUUAACCUGUUCCUUUCUUGUGUAAAGUCUUUUUGCAAUUUUUUUUUUGCUAUUAGUUCUAUGGAAAAGCCUGUGUAAUUGUUAAUAGAUAUGUUUCCGUACGUUUUGUAUCGUCUCAAAGCACAUACUUAGCUUUUUUUGAGGAAACAUAUGUGAUACUGAGAUAAUAAGUAAAACAAUCAAAAACAUCAAUAAAAACCACACAAAGCAAACAAAAAAAAAAACAUAACAAUUUAAAGAUUUGUCGCGUUCGCAUUCUGUAAUACCACAAAAAAAAGAAGUAAUAAGAAAAAAAUACAAAUGAAACUGACUUGAUUAAAAUACCUUAUGUUUAAUAUAUAUAUAUAGAUAUAUAUGUAUGUAUGUAAACACACACUCACACACACUGUCACAUUCACAAGAGAUGUAUUAGCCACCAAACGCAAGAGCCACAAUAUAACAACAAACUCAAGCCCAAUUUUUCAUAAGAAAAUAAAAAAGCAACAGUAAUAUAAACACUAAUUCAUAAUCUAUUACGACAAAUAUCUGCAAUAACUGCAUUAUAUAUACCAUUACAUAUAUAAUAUUGAUAGGUAUGUAAUCAAAUGUUGUUUAAGUAAAACUGUAACGAAACAAUACGACAAAAAAAAAUACAGAAGAAAAAACCACAAGACAUUGCGGCGCGUUAUAUUUUAAAAAUAUACAAAGCGUUUUACUUUUGGACGUACAUACUUAUAAAGCAUAUAUUUAACCUAGUUAUACAAAAGGCAGAUAGCACAUUCAAGAACAAAAUAAAAUCAUUGUAUGUAUAUGUAAUAACACUAUUAACUGAAAUGUGUAUUAAAACAGUUUAAUAAAACCAAAAUUACAUUUUUA